AUGUCUAAAGAAAUGCAAGAACUGCAGAAGCAAUGGCACUUCGUGGUGCAGUUCAUCCACAGCAACUCAAAUGUUGUUGCAUUUAUGAAUUCUCCACUUGGCCAAUAUUUAGAUGACCAUCCUUUUGUUGCCUUAUCACUCCUGAUGUUUAUUGCAGUGUCUGCUAUUCCCAUUGCAGUUUUCCUGAUCUUUGUUGUUACACCAGCCAUAAUGGCUUGUAUUGGUGUGAUAGUUAUGGAAGGUAUUGUAAUAGCCAUAGGUGGUAUAUGCCUCCUUUGUGUGCUCUGUGGCCUGGGUGCGCUUUCACUGGGAGUUUCUGGAGUACUGAGCGUGUGUUACGUCAUUCUUUCAACUCUGAUCAACUACUGGUACACUUCAAGAGGUCAGAUAGAGAAGCAAGAAAUUAAUGGAAGCUUGCCACAGAAGACUCCUCCUGUCUUGGAUCUUUCUGCCAAUAAUGGAAAGAACGAAUAA